CGCGCCGCUGUGCGCCCAGAGAGAUCCGUCCGCCGCCGCUGCCGCCGCCGGCGCCAUGCUACGCUGCUUCGACUGCAACGCCUCGGCGGCGGACGCCGUGCCGCUGACGCAGGACAGCUCUUGGAUGGGUCCGAGCAACCCGUCCAAAGCGGCGGCACAAGAGCCGGUGACAACGCAGAAAAGAUCUGCGCUCAACACCGAGUACAAGCUCAAGUUCCGGCCAUUCUCCGACUACACGUAUGUGGACGGCCGGUUCUCCGGCGCGCAGGACGCGGCGGACGGGGGCGCCGCCGGCCGCGACGCGCCCGCCACGCCCUGGUAUGAGGAGGUGGUCGAGCUCCGCAAGAAAGCCUCCAGCUACAAGGUUUGA